AGAGCAUUGAGCGGCGUGUAGAGAUAAACAUGGAGCGGAAUGUUGGGUCACUACAGGAGCAGGCCCUAAAGAGGAAAGAGAGGUUAAAAGCAAUAAGAGAUAAACAAAUUCAUGGACAAGAACAGGAGGAUGGGGAGCCAGAGAACAAAAAAGCUUCUCUAGAGGAACUUCCUGAAACAAGGCACAGAGAGCUGAAGCUGAGAAAUUACACUCCAGAGGAUGAAGAGCUGAAGGAGAGGCAGGUGCCCAAAGCCAAACCGGCAUCAGUUGAGGACAAAGUAAAAGACCAGUUAGAGGCAGCUAACCCAGAACCCAUCAUUGAAGAAGUGGAUUUGGCCAACCUCGCCCCAAGAAAACCAGACUGGGAUCUAAAGCGUGAUGUGGCAAAGAAACUGGAGAAGUUGGAGAGGAGAACGCAGAGAGCCAUCGCUGAGCUCAUCCGGGAUCGUCUGCGAGGCAGUGAGGAGGAGUUGGCCGCGGCGGUGGGAGCAGUAGGAGUGGAGGACGGAGACUCGGACUGAAUCCAAAAUGUGACGGAUACAAAAUAAAUAAGACUACAGAGUGAUCGCCUCUGCCUACAACACGGGACAGUAUUGUCACAUCCGUGUUGUUUUCAAAAAGACUGCCACUUUCAGGGUGUAAAGUAAUAUUUCAGGUUUUCAUACGAUAUCCUUCUGACUCCUGCAUUGUAUCAUUACAUUAUAACAUUAAUAUGUAAUGGAACAUUCUGCUUAUGUGGUUUAUUAAUGUGCAUUGGUCAUGUUACAUCCAUAUUUUUCUGUAAUUUUUAUCUUUUCAAGUAAAAUAAUGUGAUUUUUUUUUUU